AGGUCGACUGAGGUCGACGCAGAUCCUGAUUUUAGGUAUCUAUGUAUAAACAGAGACUACAGAUGCAGAAAGGUCAUGAUUUUGGGGUCUCAGACAUCCCCCUAAUGAGAAUGCAGAAUAAGCAAUUUUUCGAUUUUUUCAUUCCUGAUUAUGUAUUGCAUUCCAGUUUCAAGAAUGCUACGUUUGCUCUUCUCAUAAAGGACAUCCUUCAAAAAGUUAAACGGUUAAUUUCCGUUGUCGACGUUUUUCUUUUUAACGGCAUGCUAAAUGAUUGCAAUUACAGGUUGUAACCGAGUAGAAUUUCUAGGAUUCAGGGAAAUAGAGAAAGAAACGUUAUGUAACAUGGUCAGAGGUAAGAUUGUAAAGUUAGGAAUUAGCCGAAAUAAAAGAGGAUGCAUUGGAAGUUGACUUGUUACGAUGCUCUGCGUCGCUGUGUAGCUCACGAUGUAGCUACAGUCUCGAAAUUUCUUCUUCCCUUUUUUACGUUGCAUACAUUUUCCUACUAUAUUUAGCUGGGAAUUGAUGCAGCGGCGUCGAUCGAUGUCGAGGAAAUUAUUUACUGGCCAAGCAUCCCAUUAGUAUCAUCCCGGUGUGCAAAAGUCAGAUGAGACAAGUUUUAAAAAUUAGAAGAAAGUCGUGGAAACGGUAAGUAGGCAGAGCACGAAACCAGAAGAAAGGCUGAAUGAAAUAAUUGGCAGCUCCGGUUCGGCUCGUCAGUCGUAAAUUGAUCCAGAUCUGAAAUUUCUGCUCGUCCUACACUCGGCACUCGGCACUCGGCACUCGGGGCCGGCACACGGGCAUACACGGGCAUACACGGGCAUACACGACCAUACACGACAGCCUCGAUCAGCCUCGAUUAAUCGGCCCCCCUCCCGGUCACCGUGGCUAGCGGUGACUAAUUAUUAUCACAAUUGCGGAAUUUCUAGCGGAGCCUUGGCCAAUGGAAAAUCAGACAUAUGUACCAGGAAAGGAUCCAUCGGCGUGGAAUUUAAUCAUUAUCGUCAUCAUCGUUGAUGUCAACGGGCGUUGCGCUGUAAACAGUCAGGAAGCUCCGAUUUCGGAUUCUUUCGGUGGACGAGAACGAAUUUGAUACACGACUGCUGCUCCUGGAACAGGUCCUGGUCAUCAUCUUCUGCGAAACAAUGCGGUGAGAACGUAGCGUUGGAAUUUCUGCUGGCAACUGUUGACGAAGAAAAUUAUCUCGAGCAGCAAGCAAUUCUUUAUUGACGAAGAAAAAUAACACAAGUGCUGUAUAUCGCGCGGUUCAAUUGCUUCUCACAGCGAAAGCCAAAGUCUUAAUAUUACUUUCUUCCUAUCUUCUACUAAUUUAUAAACAAGCGUUACAGUUUAAGUUAAACCGAAGAUAUUAAAUGCAGCACAGAAGAAUAUAUUCUCACUACAAUUUUCAUCUUUUUCAACAUUUGCGUAUAUCCUAUCAUGUGGAAGCUGCAGUUCCCAAUCACUGAUCUACGCCACUGACUGAGAUCCAGAAGCGAGCGCACUGCAACGAUGAAUGCGUUCCACUCCUUCUAGUCAGUAUGUUCGUGGCUACCAAACACGUUGGUCGCUUCUUCCUUCUUUCUGCGCUUCGGUUCCAAGAAUACCACUAAGACGCUUCUCUUUUCUCUUCGAUGCAAUUCGUAUUCGAUUUCAAUUGAUUUUUCUGUUUCGGUAAAAGUCAAUGAAUAGAAAAGAGGAAUUUAUGAGAAGCGUACAGUUAAUAGAUCCGUAAAAUUUAAAGAAUAGAAUAGAAUCGAAUCGAAGAAAAAAAAAAAAGAGGAGAAAAGGUCGAUGGUGGAAAGAAAGAUUCGAAUCUGUCGGUGCGGUCCUACCCUGAAGGGGAAAAAAGUUAUCAAACAGGUUUUAAAGAGGACCAACAUUGGGAUACGAGACAUUUAACGCGCGGAUCAUUGUGAAUCUUGUAUUAGAGUAACAAUUGAUUAUCAUUUUCGAAAGAAGAAGAAGAAGAAGAAGAAGAAGAAGAAGAAGAAGAAGAAGAAGAAGAAGAAGAAGGUGUGAAAAAGGAAUAAAUUAAAUUGAAGAGUUUGCUGGUAUACACAGUGUAUUUAUCUUGAGGCGAAAAAAGACGUGGAUCUGUCUUUCCAAUGUCAAGCUGACCUCUUUCACCGAUUAUAUUAUACAUUUUGAAGAGAUAAGAUGCGAGCAACACGUGAUUGACACAUGUAUUUAUUUCUUAAUGAAAAAUUUCCUCGAAGAAAAUGACUUCCAUGCUGCCUGAAGAAGGUAUAAAGAUUACGAGGAUGAAGGAAAAGUUGAUGAACGAUGUCCAUGGAAAAGAGGAGAGCCGCUCGUUUCUUAGCUUUUCCAGAGAGAAUUUGAGUAUUUCCCAAUCGGAAUUGGAGAAAGGUUUCAACAAGUAUCGUUUUCGACCUACCAGGCACACGAUAUUGAGUAUCGCGGCUCUAUCGAUCGCUCUUCUUUGUUUGGCUCUUGAAAGCUGGAAAUUUCAUUGGACCAUGGUGAACGCACGGGAGAUAGAGGAGCUCAAGAGAAGCGUCGAAAACUUGAAGCAUCGUUUUCUCGAAAAGGAUCUCUUGGACGAGGUGAAAGUUUUCGAAGAACAGUUGUACGCCGAGGAAUCCGACGACGACGGCGACGGCGACGACGACGAUGACGACAACGACAACGACAACGACGGCGAUGAUAACGAUCCAGGAGAUCUGGACAUCGACAACGCCGACUACGAUUCAAAUUAUGACGAUGUCAACUUGUCGUCUCACGAUUAUUCUUUAGAUUAUCACACGGGUCCGACGUAUGGUGCGAGGCCUUCCGAUUUUCCAGAUUCCUUGUCCACGAUCGCACCAGUACCUUCGCCUCCGGAAGCCGCUUCUAACAAAGCGAUGAUCAAAUGGCUAACAGCCAUGAGGAAGUAUGAAAUGAAGCAUUCUCGGGAAGGUCAUAGUCACGAUCGAACCAAGAAGCUUCUAAAAGAGAAAUCAGAUGAUAGAAAGAACAAUACGAAAGAAAAACGUGAUGUAUUAGACAGAGGAAACGCGAAGAAUUUCCUUAUCGAUUGGAAAAUGAAUUUGAAGCGUAAAAGAUCGAUCGAAGAAGGAAGUGCUUCUGAGAAAUCAGUGAUUAUUAAUCAUAAUCGUACCUUUCUUCCUAAAGAUUUUAGUCAUUUGUCCGUGACCAACUCAUCUUCGGCUGUCGAGUUCAAGAUAUUAUCGGUAAGACCUGUUCGUCCGAAGAAAUAUUACUCGAGCGUUAAAAGCGUAUCGGACAAUCGGAAAAGAUCUUUGCGAAAGCUUCGGAAGAAUUUAGGAAGGUCACGAAAGAAUGUAGACGCGCCACAACAGAUUUUCGCCGUUCAUUACGGCGGUGAUAAGAAUGCUGUCACGAUUAACGACGAGCAUACCGGGAAUGGAAGGAUCCGUCACGCAGACCAGGCGUUCACCUCCUGGAAAGCCAACGAUUGGGUAAACGAUCUCGGUAUGAACAAUCAUUUCAAUUUGUCAAAGAACGGUAGCGUUGUCGUCUACAAGUCUGGCUUGUAUUUGGCGUACGCGCAAAUAGUUUACACGGAUCGACACGACGAAGUUGGUUUUCAUCUGCUAGUGAAUAAUGAGCCAAUCUUGCAGUGUCUGAUUGACAAUUCGGGCACCUCACACAUACACAGUCAGUCUUGUUUCUCGGCCCAAGUAACGAGGCUCAACAAAGACGACGUUGUGCAAUUAAAAGAGAUCAGUUCCCCGAAGUUUGUCCUUUUCAACAAGGAAAAUAGUUUCUUUGGAUUAGUGAAACUCGGAGAAUUUCACAAUUCAAAAUGAACGCCAUUAUAAUUAAAAAGUAAUACGAUACAUAAUAUGCAACAGCGACGCUUUAACGCAUUCGAUUACAAUUUAUCUCGUCGCGUUUAUUAGAAACCAUAUGUAUAUACAAGCAAUUGGAUUUUCGAUGAAAUUUUACCAACAACAAUUGGACCGGAAUGCGUUAAAGCGUUCAACGUUCGUUCUCAACGGAAACGAAAACGAAAACGAAAACGAAAACGAAAACGGAUACACUGAAAUUGUAAAUAAUUGUUUGCGUUUUAUUAUUAAGGCAUUUAGAUGUAAGUUACGAUUUACGAUUUUCUACAGAGUCCAAAGAAAGUAAAAGUCACAUAGCUAGAUACGGAUUUUCCAACUACCGAUAUAUCGGUAUAUACAUAUACAUAUAAGAUAUAUCUAAGAAAUAAAGCUAUUAAACAGUCGUCUCA